AAAUAACCUGGGCAUUGAUUGCGGAAGAAUGAACAGGAGUGCGGUGUGAAUAUGGAGAAGCAAAAGAAAACAAGGAAGUAUGCGACCAUGAAGCAAAUGCUUAGUCUCAGAGAUCAGAGGCUUAAAGAAAAGGAUAGAUUAAAACCUAAAAAGAAAGAAAAAAAAGAUCCCAGCGCACUCAAGGAAAGAGAAGUCCCUCAACAUCCUUCCUGCUUGUUCUUCCAAUAUAACACACAGCUGGGCCCACCUUACCACAUUCUGGUUGAUACCAAUUUUAUCAACUUCUCCAUUAAAGCCAAACUGGACCUAGUACAGUCAAUGAUGGACUGUCUGUAUGCCAAGUGUAUCCCUUGUAUAACUGACUGUGUAAUGGCUGAAAUUGAGAAAUUGGGGCAGAAGUAUCGAGUCGCUCUAAGGUUCGCCAAGGAUCCAAGAUUUGAACGAUUACCGUGCACACACAAAGGAACCUAUACAGAUGACUGCUUAGUACAGAGAGUAACUCAGCACAAGUGUUACAUCAUGGCCACGGUUGACCGGGGCCUUAAGCGAAGAAUCUGUAAGAUCCCUGGAGUUCCUAUCGUGUACAUUUCUAACCAUAGGUACGUUGAGCGGACGCCAGGUGAUUACGGAGCCCCUCGGUUUUGAUUCUGACAAGACAAU